ACUCUUCCGUGAGCAAUGUUCAAUGAUAAUUAAUGUUUAUUCAUUUCUUAAAUGGUCAGAAUGAAGAAUGCUGAAUAUUUUGACACCGUAAUGUUAUGUUGCAGACACCAAGUGACCUGACUGAACCCUCUGGAGACCAUGAAUGGAAUGAGAGAUCCACUUCAUUCUUACAACAGACACCGAGUGACCUGACUGAACCCUCUGGAGACCAUGAAUGGAAUGAUAGAUACACUUCAUCCUUACAACAGACACCAAGGGACCUGACUGAACCCUCUGGAGACCAUGAAUGGAGUGAGAGAUCCACUUCAUCCUUUCAACAGACAUCAAGUGACAGGUACCUGACUGAACCCUCUGGAAACCAAGAAUGGAGUGAGAGAUCCACUUCAUCCUUACAACAGACACCAAGUGACCUGACUGAACCCUCUGGAGAACAAGAAUGGAGUGAGAGAUCCACUUCAUCCUUACAACAGACACCAAGUGACCUGACUGAACCCUCUGGAGACCAUGAAUGGAAUGAUAGAUACACUUCAUCCUUACAACAGACACCAAGUGUUCCGAUCCUGAUGAAACCUUUUGAAGAUCAAGAAAGGAGUGGAAGAUCCACUUCUUCCUUACAACAGACACCAAGUGACCUGACUGAACCCUCUGGAGAACAAGAAUGGAGUGAGAGAUCCACUUCAUCCUCACAACAGACACCAAGUGUUCCGAUCCUGAUGAAACCUUUUGAAGAUCAAGAAAGGAGUGGAAGAUCCACUUCUUCCUUACAACAGACACCAAGUGACCUGACUGAACCCUCUGGAGAACAAGAAUGGAGUGAGAGAUCCACUUCAUCCUCACAACAGACACCAAGUGACCUGACUGAACCCUCUGGAGACCAUGAAUGGAGUGAGAGAUCCACUUCAUUCUUACAACAGGUUACUACUUCUUAUCAUGAUAUACUAGGUUUGAGUUUUCAGCUUUCUUUGACAAACACAGGAGAAGUUAUAAAUCAGAAACAUGGACUCUCCAUGAUUUCAGUCGUCAUGUCCUCAUAUUUCUUGAGACCUGAAAAACCUGAGUGUGUUUCAGGUGACAUGACUUUUGUCUUAACCUAACUCUGGAGAGCCUG